ACUCCCACAAUGCCUUGAGACGGCAAACCGGAAAGGGAAGUAAAAAUACGCUCGUCACCUGACUUGACUGUUUGUUGAUGAGUAGUUUUUGACAGUUUUAAGGCCGUUGUUUAGUCGUUUAACAGUGUUCCUUUUUUUUGUACAUCAGUCGUUAAUUAGUAAGUAGUGAUGUUACGACCGAAGGCGCUGACGCAGGUCCUCAGCCAGGCGAACACAAACGGAGUCCAGAGCACACUCUUACUGAACAAUGAGGGCUCUCUUCUGGCUUACUCUGGUUACGGGGACACUGACGCACGAGUGACCGCCGCCAUUGCCAGCAACAUCUGGGCGGCGUACGACAAGAACGGCCACCAAGCCUUCAACGAAGACAAGCUCAAAUUCAUACUCAUGGACUGCAUGGAAGGAAGAGUGGCCAUUACCCGUGUAGCCAACCUACUACUGUGUAUGUACGCCAAAGAGACGGUGGGCUUUGGAAUGCUUAAAGCCAAGGCAGAAGCUCUGGUGCAGUACCUGGAGGAACCAUUAACCCAAGUGGCAGCGUCGUAGUGGAGACCUGAUCGAAGUUUUGCCUGGAGAAGAAAAAAAAAACCAUCCUAUGAUCCAGGUCAUUAUGGACGACUGUAACAUUCAGUGUACAUGCGUGUGUGUGUGUGUGUGUGUGUGUGCGCAGCGGGGGAGUUUGUAUUUAUAAUCGUGGUGUUGAAACUAAUAACUCUAUGGGUUUUUAAAUGUUUGCCCUCCCUUAUGACUCAUCUAAUGGUCUGUUAUGAAAGUCCACUUAAUUUGUCAGCAGGUAGUCUGAGUGUACAACUGCUGAAAUGAUUCCAUUAUCAACCGGUCCCACGGAUGAUUCAUUCAUUUGCAAUUCUAGUUCAGGCUUGCUGAGAAGAGUUGAGCGGAAAAUUGAGCAUUUUGAAUCCAAUCAGAGGAGUAAAAUGCAUUAAAUACAAAGGAUUGUGGAAACCUUGAUAGGAAUGUCUGCCUGAUUAAAAUGCAUUAUGUUUAUUUGCUAUGUUUUCUUUCUAAGCUGUCAAAUAAACCGUUUUUGGACAAAUAUUCA